AGUUCUCCAAUACCACAGUGCGAAAGCAUCACUUCUUUACGGCCCGGCUGGCACAGCUCGCGGCUGCUGCUGGAGCCCAAGUCCUGGCCCCCAGCGCACCCGGGGGCAGGGCGCGGGAGCGCGCGGGAGGGCGGGAGGCCAGGCUGGCGGCGGCGCGCUCGCCAGGGAGGGGCCGCGCAGACGCCCUCCCCGCCCCUAAAGAGACACCUAAAGCUCGGGGCGGGCGGGGAAGGACCGGCGCGGAGACCCCGAAGCCCGAAGCCCAGCCCGUGGCCCCGCCGCGGGGACAGCCAGGGCGACGCCUCAAGGCCUGGGCACCCGGGCGGGCGGCCGAGGGAGCGAGGAGGUUGGUACCAACCUCUCUGUCUUCCUCGGGGCGGGGUCACCGAGGCCCGGGCCGCGCUGUCAGGAACUGCUCUGCCGGAGGCGGAACUGAUGGCAAUCACCCAAACCAGUGCGGUUUUCACACAGGGCCAGGGACUUCCAAGCUCCCAGUCCUGCAGCCCCGGCGAAUACUUGAUAGCGGGCCGCUGCUGCAAGGCCUGCCCAGCCGGCCAGCAUGUUGGUGAGCACUGCAGGAGGCCGCACUCCCGGGGAAAGUGUCUGCCGUGUCUGCCCAGGACCUUUAUGAAGUACCUCAAUAGAGUGGAAGCCUGCGUCAAGUGCUCCACCUGCUCCGAGAAUGAGGAAGUGUUGGAGGAGUGCAUGCUGACCCAUGACCGAGUGUGCCAGUGCCCAUCGGGCUCUUUCUACGCCCACGUGGGAUCCUCUGAAGUCUGCAGCCCGUGCAGCACGUGUCCCACCAGGCACGUCGUCGUCCGAAGGUGCAACGGGACCGCGGAUACGGUGUGCCGUCUGCCGGCCCCAGAGAGGAGACACCGGUACUCACUGUUUGGAACCUUGGGCUUUGCCUUAGUCAUGAUGUGCCUGAAUUUCUGGGUCAGAAAACGAGCUGGAUUCCCUGACGGAGACGCUGAAUGCAUGGAGAUGGUGACCGUGGUCCCGGGCCGGGAGCGUGCCUCCUCCAUCAGCCCGAGCUCCGUGCAGCUGUCUCAAAACUCAGUAUCCAGCAUGCCGUCAAAUCAGGACGGGAGUGCAGAGUCUUCAGUACCUACGAGGGGAAAUCCGAACCAGCCCGAGGACAGCGUGGACAUCCUGACUGAGGCCCCUGCCGUCACCAGGGCCCUGCAUAGCCUGGAGGAUGUCCACGGCCCACAGGCUGUGGCAGGCGAAGGAGCCCGGGCCCUGGACUGGUCCCCACAGCCCGACCCCGCUGCCCCCGCUGCACCUGCGGAGACGGCCGAGCUCCCCACGGACCUGAACAGGCAGGACAGUUAUGAGUCUGGAAGUUAAGAGAGAUGACAACAGCGUCUGUCCCAGAGAGGCUCCUCUCCCAGCGUUCAGUCGGCAGGGAAACCCCUGGGGAGGUCUGCACCCUGAUUUCGGGGGGGACCCUGCGUGCCACGAGGUCCCCUGUGCUGGCCGCGCUCACCACUGGUGAGCAGCAGAGCCUGGCCUGGAGGCCGCGUGUGCACCUGGCGUCCCCCACAGUGGGGCUCAGGCAGCGUGGCUCCGCCAGCCCCGCGUGGUGUCCUCACUCUGCCGGGACCAGGAGUCGAGGGGCAGGGCUGGGUCCUUGCUGCCAUCGUAAAUGACUACAAACUGAGAGGCUUAAAACCAGAGUCCCACUGUCUCAGAGUCUGGGGGCCAGGAGUCAGGUCAAGAUUCACAGGCCUGGUCCCUCCGAGGCUCCCGGAGAGUCCUUCCUGCCCUCUGCUAGCUUCCAGUGGUCACUGGCAGUCUUUGGUGGGUAAACCCAUCCCUCCAGUCUCUGCUGUGGUCAUCCCGUGUCCUCCUCCUCCAUGUAUCUGCACCUGACUCCUCUCUUGGGAAUAAACUGCUGCGGUUUGAA